GCUUUAAAAAAAAAAAGAUUAUGGGUUCGACAGUGGAUUAGUAGAAGAAAUAGUGUUGGCGCAUCAAAUAGUUUAUGUUUUGAAUUAAGAAAUGAAGAUCCAUCAUCAUACAAAAACUUUUUGAGAAUGGAUAAUUACCUUUUUCAAUAUUUACUGGAUAAAGUUAAACCAUUAAUUCAAAAAGAAGACACUUUUUUUAGAAAAGCAUUACCUGCACGUACAAAAUUGGAAAUAGUACUUCGUUUUUUGGCCACAGGCAAUUCUUUUACCAGUCUUCAAUACUUAUUCAGAGUACCAAAGAACACAAUAAGUACGUUUCUACCAGAUGUGUGUGAUGCUAUUUAUACUGCAUUGAAAGAAUUCAUUGAAGUCCCUAGAAAAGAAGAGGAAUGGAAAAAAAUCCAAAAUGGUUUCAAUUUGCGUUGGAAUUUUCCUAACUGCGUUGGUGCCCUUGACGGGAAACAUGUAGUUGUAAAAAAACCACCGGGCACAGGGACUGAGUACUUCAACUACAAAAAUUCUUGUAGUAUAGUCUUAAUGGCAAGUGUAGAUCAUGAUUAUUGCUUUCGUUAUGUAGAUAUUGGAGCAAAAGGAAGACAGUCGGAUGGUGGUAUAUUUGCAGAUUGUUCCUUAAAAUAUGCAAUUGAAAAUAAUAAACUAAACCUCCCAAAAGACGCAGUUUUUGUUGCCGAUGAAGCGUUUCCUAUGAAACCAUAUUUAAUGAAACCAUAUGCGCGAAGAAAUUUAACAAAAGAGCAAAAAAUUUUUAACUAUAGAUUGUCAAGAGCUAGGCGUAUAGUAGAAAAUGCUUUUGGAAUUCUAACAAGUCGAUCUAGAGUUUAUGAAAAACCAAUAUCGCUUAUUCCAGAAAAGGUAGACAGUAUCGUAAAUGCUACUUGUGCUUUACAUAAUUGGCUUAGAAUAAAAUCGCCUAAUACCUACACACCAUCGGGUACAUUUGAUUAUGAAGAUUUAGAUAAUUGUAAUUGGUCUCCCGGAUCAUGGCGUAAUGAAGUACAACCAACAGGAAUUAUAAAUAUGACUUCUCACCCACCGAGAUAUCCGUCGACAUCAGCCACAACAUUGCGAGAAAAAUACACACAAUAUUUUAAUAACGAAGGUGCUGUUCCAUGGCAGGAUAAUAUGAUUUUUUAA